AUGUCGUCGUCCGUGUGGAAUCCAGACAACGUGCGAGACGUCGCCGAGUCGGUGGGCAUCGCCUCACUGGCAGACAACGUAGUCGAAGAACUGGCCCGCGACGUCGACUACCGCCUGGCCCAGGUCCUGGAAGAGGCCUUGAAGUUUAUGCGACACGGCAAACGAACAACGCUUAGCACGCACGACAUCUCCCAUGCCCUGAAGGUAUUGAAUGUGGAGCCGCUCUAUGGCUACGAAUCAACCCGCCCGCUUCGCUUUGGCGAAGCUUCCCUGGGACCUGGCCAGCCGCUGUACUACGUCGAGGAUGAAGAGGUCGAUUUUGAGAAGCUCAUCAACGCUCCGCUGCCAAAGGUACCGCGGGAAAUUACAUUCACAGCGCAUUGGCUCGCCGUGGAAGGCGUGCAACCCUCCAUCCCCCAGAAUCCGACGGCAAGUAAUCAGGCCGACCUACUGCCCAAGGGCCCCAACACGAAUCCCCAUCUGGCCGCUGCCAACGGCUUGGACAAUUACAGCGUCAAGCCCCUUGUCAAGCACGUCCUCUCCAAAGAGUCCCAGGAGCUCUUUGCCAAGCUCUCCAGUGCUCUGCUUGACGAGAACAACCAGGAGUGGCAGAACGCCGCGCUGGCUUCCAUUCAAAGUGACCCUGGCAUUCAUCAGCUUACCACAUAUCUUAUUACGUUUAUAGCUGAGAAGGUCACACAUAGCAUGAAGAACAUUCCCGUGCUCAGGGCUAUGUUGCUUGCUACUGAUAGAUUAUUGGCAAACCCCACCAUCUACCUAGAUCCUUAUAUCCCCUACAUGGUUCCUCCGGUCCUCACGUGUUGCUUGGGGAAACAUCUGGGACCGACGUCACACCAAGCACCCUCGAACGCCUCGUCAGAAACCUUGAAUGGGAACAACGUCAAUGGGCACGGACGCGCCAAUUUCGAGCAUUUCGAGAUCCGCAAAACCGCCGCAUCUCUUCUCCAACAGAUUUGCCGCAAGUACUCAGCAUCCAACCAAGGCCUCAAGACGCGCAUUGCCCGUUCGUGUCUGAAAGCUUUCCUGGAUCCCAACAAACCGCUCGGCACCCACUAUGGGGCGCUAGAAACACUUCGACGCGUUCUCGGUGCCGAUGGUGUCAGGAUAGGGAUUUUGCCAAACCUCAAGAUAUACGACGAGAUACUCAAGGAGGCACUGGCGGAUGAUUCGCGAAAGGAAGAAGCAAAGCGUGUUCUAGCAGCGAUACUACUAUGUCUCGAUGAUAUGGAACGAAGCCGAGGCGCCUCAAGAGCCAAUGGCGUCGCGAACCUCGAGGGGCAGAGACAGCGUCUGGCAGACAAGGUUGGCGGUGAGGUGGCUGACCAGCUUAUCAAGAGUGAACGGACGGCUGUGGCGCAGGCAAUACUGGAGGCAGAUCUUAGCAUGGCCUAA